AUGGCGUCCUGGGGCCAGGCUCCCCCGGGUCCCCAGUGUGGCCUCUGGGACUCGGAGGCCCAGAGGGAUGAGGAGCUGACCUUCCGGGCGAGGGCUCUGUUCCACGUGGCCGGGAAGGAGGAGGAGCGGAGGUGGGCCACGCCGCUGGAUGAGGUGGGCAGGCUGCUGACCGAGGGCUACGCGCUCCACAACUACCUGGCCGAGAAGGAGACGGUAGAGUCUGAGCCGUGGUUCUUUGGACCCAUCUCCUGCUUGGAAGCGCAGCAUCGCCAGCAGGCUGAGGGCAGUGUGGGGGCCUUCCUGGUCAGGGUCAGCAAGAAGCCGGGCAUCGACUACGCUCUCUCAGUGCGGGACAGGCAGGCCGUGAGGCAUUACAGGGUCUGGCGUCGCGCCGGCCGGCUGCACCUCAGCGAGGCCGCGUCCUUCCCCAGCCUGGCCGAGCUCCUGGAGAGCCUGUCCCACGGGCUGCGGCUGACUGUGCCCUGCCGGAAGCCUGAGCCUGAGCCCCCGCUGCACUGGGCAGACUGGGAGAGACCGCACGAGUUCAGGUUCCGCAGGAAGCUGGGCUCUGGGUACUUCGGGGAGGUCUUCGAAGGGUUCUGGAAGGACCGGGUCCGAGUGGCCAUUAAGGUGAUCGCUCGAGACAACCUUCUGCACCAGCACACGUUCCAGGCAGAGAUCCAGGCCAUGAAGAAGCUUCAGCACAAGCACAUCAUGACGCUGUGUGCCAUGGCAUCCGUGGGGGACCCCGUGUACAUCGUCACGGAGCUCAUGGCCAAGGGGAGCCUGCUGGGCCGCACUCGGGACUCCGAGAAGUCCUUGCCCGUCUCAGAGCUGGUGGACAUUGCCUCUCAGGUGGCCGAGGGCAUGUGCUCCCUGCAGUCACAGAACUACGUCCACCGGGACCUGGCCACCAGGAACAUCCUUGUGGGCGCCCACAACAUCUGCAAAGUGGGUGACUUUGGGCUAGCCAGGCUCAUCCAGGAGGACAUCUACGUUUCCCACGACCACAACAUCCCCUGCAAGUGGAGCCCCGAGACCCUCUCCCAAGGGCUUUACUCCGUCAGAUCUGAUGUCUGGUCCUUCCGGAUUCUCCUCCAUGAGACUUUCAGUCGGGGUCAGAUACCCUAUCCAGGCACAUCCAGCCGCGAGGCCUUCCUGAGGGUGGAGUUGGGCUACCGCAUGCCCUGUCCCCUGGAGUGCCCGGCCGCCACACACAAGCUAACGCUCUCAUGCUGGCACAGGGACCCCGGGCACCGGCCCUGCUUCCAAGCCCUGCGGGAGAAGCUCUCCAGUGUCAGCAGGUACGAGAACCCGCUCUGA